AUGACAAGUGUUGUAAUCUCUGCACCGGUUAUGAUGGAACCCGAAAAUAAAUCAACAUCGACAUUUGCAACGACGGUGGUACCUUAUUAUGGAAGUCGGGAACCGAAACAAUCCAUCAUUGAAACUGAUCGUGUUAUCUUUCAAAUGAUGGAUGAUAUACAGAUAUCUCAAUUACAACAAGAUUGGCAAGAAAUAGUACAGCCCACAACAAGAAAAACUGGCAUUUUUUGGAAAUUUCGGCUUGUAUUCAGUGCAAUCAUCAUAUUACUGCUUGUGGUUGCAACCGUUGUCAUUAGUGAAUUAACCAAGGAAAGAACUUAG